AAUGCAGCGCCUCGAUUGGAUAGAGGGCGCUUUACAAGUGUUUGUUAUCAUUAUUUUAUUAUUAAUCUGAGCAUUUGAUUACAAGUCAAGUCACAAGUCAAUUUGUUCCAAGCACAAGCAAGUCACCAGUGUUUUUGUCCAAGUGUAGGCCUGCAAGUCAAGUUGCGCUAUAUGUGUGGUUUCAAGCCACAGACAAGUCUUAGUUCAAAGACCUCAGCUUCCGUAUUUAUCCCACGAUCCGCGAAGCGUGUGGUGAUAUGUUUCAGCAUGGUUCUAGCUAGGUUGACAAACAGUGAAACACCAUUUAAUUUUGCCAUGUGUGGACAACAGCUAAAGUCUGCCCCAGGCCAUAGAGCUAAAGCUUACGCAAGCUUUAGAAACCGCAGUCCACGCGUGGUGGACAUACUAUGGCUCAAUUGGGAAGGAGAGCGCGUGAACUACACUAAGAACGGACUAAAACAGGGUUAUAAGAUGGAUAUGAACACCUACGAGGGACAUCCAUGGAUAUUCCGAGAUCACUGUAGUGGUGACAAGCUUGUCUUUGUUGCUGGAACAGACGGACAAAGUAAGGAGGUAUUUUUUCCUACUCCAGCUGGUGAGGAAAGGCCACAUGCUACUCAAGUCAACAUACAGUUACCAGUAUAUACGUUAUUGGAGAGAUCCCUUCAAGUGUUGAGGAAUUUGAUUCGGGACAAAUCGGACUUUGACAAGUUGGAGAUCCCUGCAGAGUUGAAGUCACAGCUUGCCAACCCAGUAGACACCGUCAUCUGGUGAUGUAGCCAGCAAGACUUGCCAUAUGAGUCAAAGUCACAGAAUACUAACUCAGAAGACAAUGUCAUCUGGUACUGUGUCUAGCAAGCAACACUUACUGUAUGGAGGUAAACCUCAUGCUGUUGAUUUUAGUUUACAUGUAAUAGCUGAGGGCUGAGGCACUACAUGACUUGACCGCUUUAUAUCCCAAGACAUGUAAACACAGUUUGGCACACAGGCAUGGCUGAUGGGUAGAACAUUAAGCUGGACCCAUCAUUCAGGGGGGUGGCCCUUCUGGCAGGAAGCUGGCCCCCUUAACUGAUACUGUGGUCCUCCUUAAUGCCUGAAGCUGGCAACAGGAAUGGUCAAGCACACCUUGACUCACCUCUGGCAGACAUGUCGACAAGCUAAUCUUCCAUAUGUUUUGUAUGCACGCCAAGUCUGAGGAGGCGGACGGUGGGGUGAACUUGAACUAGGCUGCUGUAUAGGACCCGUGGAAUUAGCCAAUAUUCCUUCAUUGGCAUGUCCAGGAUGUUGAAAAUGUGAGGUUGCUGUAAAAGUUUAGCAUGGAUACUUUUGACUUUUGCAAGUAAGUAUUUAACGUUGCUGUUGUAAUAAAUAUUUACUGGGUUCUAAGUGUAUUUAGGGGUGUGAGAAUUCAGCUUUUUAGCUGACUUCAGCUCUUUUUGUUGAGAUGUUGACCCUGAUUUCAGCUUUAUUUGUCAACCUCCUGUGUACAAACGUUUGGGAACUUCUUACAUUUCAGCUUGUCGCUAGCUGUUUUCAGCUUUAAUUUUAUGCAGACACUCACACCCCUGUGUAUUAUUAAUGCAGAUACCUUCCCCUUUAAAUUAUGAAGUUGGCUGAGAUGAGUCUUGAAUUGCUGACUGAAUGAGUUGCAGUAAUACCCUGCAUUUGUUAACAAAGUCUUAUAGAAUGGUAUGCUUCCUGUCAUGCUUCUUACCUUUCUCUUAUGUUGCAGCAAAGGGUUAAAAACAAGUGUGCUAAACAAAAUUUGUAUUGGCUGUUCAUUUUCAGGGUUGAUCUAAGUUUUUCUUUCUUCAAAAUGGAAGUACUCUGCUGUUGUCAUAGUAACAUGACAUUCAGUCUCAGAAAUGAAAUUUAUAUUGUUUCAUUUACCAUGGUUUAGAAAAUGACAGUUCAAAAGUUGUGGGUGAUAAAUCUCGGGAAAAGGAUUGACACGUCUGCUGUCAUUGCCACUAAAAUAAUUAUCAGGCCAUGAAGCACAGGAAAUCUGAUUUCAUGGUCACUGUUCUUCCUGUUACAUGUUUUGUCAUUUCCAGUGUUUGUAACUCUGACAGUGAUGGUAUGCUAGAUGUUUAAGCUUAAAGAUGAAAUAAAAUGAGACUACCACUUGCCUUUGUGUAGGUUAGAAAAAUUAGUUUGACAUUGACAACAUAUUUCAGUUAAAUUUUUGCCAUGUGAGGUCCAAAAUCUUUCUUAAUUUGAAAGUAAGAAUAAGGCAAGGUAGUGAAAAUAAAAUGUGUUGUUUUGGGUACACAUUUGUA